UGAAGCCGCUCCAUUGCGCCUGGCAAACAAUCAACCGGCAUAUAGUGAAUCGAAGCCCUAUACAGUGAAUCGAAGCUCUACACUAUGACCGACGAAUCUCCAGUGGGGUCUCCUCUUUCUGACCUCUCUUCUGACGCCUUCGAGGGCGACGAAGAACACGACAGAUUGGCAGCAGAAGCCCUAAUGCCUCCAGCCAAGAGACAAAAGCUAGGAGAUUCCUCCUCCAUGCGCGCGACGCCUAUACCACAUGUCGAUGAUGAUGCUGUCUCCAUAUCGACUGAUACUUCCGGCGAAGUUCCCAACUCUCCAAGCAACCUCCGACCUGAAGACGAAGAAACGCAUGAACAAGUGACGGUUUGCUCCUGGAUGGGCUGUGACGCGGGAGAUCUGGGGAAUAUGGAUAGGCUGGUAGAUCACAUACAUAAUGAGCAUAUUGAGACGAGGCAAAAGAAGUACACUUGCGAGUGGAUGGACUGCUCGAGGAGGAGUAUGCCCCAUGCAAGUGGAUACGCCUUGAAAGCGCACAUGCGAAGUCAUACGAGAGAGAAGCCCUUCUACUGCGCAUUACCUGAAUGCGACCGUGCUUUCACACGCUCUGAUGCUCUGGCGAAACAUAUGCGUACUGUCCACGAAACCGAAGCUCUUCGCCCCUCGGACCCGAUUCCCAAAGGGAUGCAACCUUCAAGUAAAAACUCACGUCUGAAACUUGCCGCCAAAAAUUCCCAAGCACCAUCAAAUGGACAGUACGAGUCGAAUGGAAUUACGAACGGGUCCGACACUUCAAGCUGGACGUCUUCCUAUCCCCCCGAGCUUGGAUUUACAGCAGAGGAAGAAGCCAGGGGUCCCCAGGAGUUGUGGCGAUUAUUACGAAGGCAAGUUCACUGGGCAGAGGAGGAGGGAGAGUUAUUGAAGAGGCAAUGCGAAGCCAUGGAGGAGCUACGAAAGAAAGAAUGGCUGGAGAAAGAAGUGUUGCUAGAUCAGGUCAUCAGAAAUGAAGUCGACUGGCACGAAAGGAGAAAGGAGGUCUUAGCGGGGCUGGCGAAGCUACCAAGUGCUGAAGAGAUCAGGGCCGCGGCGGCAGCUUUGUCUCCUCGGGGCCCUACCCAGUCACCAAACCCAACGUCUGCCAAUGGUCAACCUGUCGCUCAGGACAGGGAUGCGGCGGCGGUCCUGGCUUCUUUAUCUCAGGCGUAAUGAACGAACGGAAAGGCAAGGAAGGCGAAUUUGGAGUUUUAUUUGGGUUUCAGCGUUGCUAUCAUCCACUAACUGCACCAGGCAGUCUUAUGAACGAUAUAAUCAGUGGAAAGAUCAGCUAUAUGUACUGUAAUGUAACUGGAUUGGCAUUUUAGCUAAGGUUUCCUUCCUCUCAGGCUUUUAGACCAGAGCCCCUUUUCCCAUGAAGUCAAUCUCGACUUGCGAAUGCAUUCUUUUGAAAUCUAGAAGAUGC